AUGCAGACCAAGACCGUCCUCGCCGCCCUCGCCGGCACCGCCUUCGCGGCCAACCUCCAGCCCCGUCAGACUGACCUCGGCGCGGCCACCCAAUGCCUCGACCUCCUCAAGACGAUUCCAACCCCGCCCCCCGACCUGGUCAAGGAGUGGACGUCCAACCCCCCCAAGGACUACUGCUCCAUCUCCAUCCCCGCCAGCCUCAGCAAGGACUGGUCCAGCUACACCUCGUCGGCCUCGUCCUGGGUCAAAGCCCACUCCAGCGACCUGGCCAAGUGCCCCGGCGCCGGGCAGGCCACUGCCACCGGCGGCUCUGCCACCGGCGCCAGCCAGCCUACCAAGACUGGAGGUGCUUCCCGCGAGACCGGCGUGGCCUUUGCUGCCGUUGCCGCCGCCGGCUUCGCCCUGGCUGCCUUGUAA